AUGGAGGCGGCGGCGGUGGGCAUCGGCAAAGCGGUUCUGAACGGCGUGCUAAGCGGCGCCAAGGCCGCCAUCACCGAGGACGCCGCUCUGAGGCAGGCUGUCCAGCGUGAUGUGGUUUUCCUGACGGACGAGCUGGCAGCGAUGCGCUCCUACCUGAGGGACGCGGACGAGGAGCGGAACCGGCACAAGGUGACACGGACCCGGGUGAGGCACGUCCGCGACCUUGCCUACGACGUCGACGACUGCCUCCGGGAGCACGCGGUUCACCUGGAGAAGCCGUCGGGGUGGCGCCUCGCUCGCACGGUGCUAGAGCGGCACCGUAUCGCCGAGGAGAUGAAGGGUCUCAGAGCCAGGGCGGAGGACAUGAACCACAGGAACUUGCGCUACCACCUUGCUGAUGAAUAUCUGCCCAGCGCCAACUCCGGCAAGCCUGCAUCGAUGUCGUCUGCUGCUGAGAAUUCAAGAACUCUCGGCCGGAGCCGGACUGGCGUCCAGCAGCAAGUGGAUCUGUUUCUUGAAUCCGGUCAAGUCGACCUCGUUCCGCUGAUAUGCAGAAACGACGACCGUGAGCUUCGGGUGAUUGCAGUCUGGGGAGCAAGUGGUGAUCCUAGGAAGACGUCUGUCGUCAGAAAGGCUUACGAUGAUCUGAAGAGAAAGGGUCCUGAGAGAGAUGAUGUCAACAGAGAUGACGAUGCUUUUGAAUCCUGUGCCUGGAUAAGGGUUGCACAUCCUUUCAACCCAUCUGAGUUCCUCCAGUGCAUCGUGAGGCAAUUCCACAUGAAUUCUCUUCAGCAAGAAGCAGGGAAGACAGAGCAAGCAACACUUGGGUCUCAGAAUCUAAACAAUAUGAAAACGAUUGAUGAACAUCGUCUGGUUGAUGAGUUCAGUAAACAUGUCAGUCAGAAGAGGUAUCUGAUUGUGCUUAAUGAACUGUCUACUGUUGAAGAUUGGGAUUCCAUUAAACUCUGCUUCCCAAACAACAAGAAAGGGAGCCAGAUCAUAGUGUCGACAGACCAAGGUACAACGGAGCUUGAGCCUUGCUCAAUGAUAGCUGCCACUGAUAGGAGUAACUCCACUGAUGAAAGGAUUGUUACACGCACAGAGACGAUGGAAUAUGAAUCUCACUUCAUCAGGCGACAGAAUAAGAUACAAGAUAUUAUCCACAAGCUAAAUUCUAACAUCAAUGGCCGAGAACAUGAGGUGGUCACUAUAUGUGGAAAAGAUGGCCUUGGGAAAACUAGUCUAGUCAAAUCAAUCUACCAAAACGAAGAGCUCAGGACCAGUUUUGAAAGACGAGCCUAUGUGACGAUCAAGCACCCUUUCAAUCUUGAGGAUAUUCUUGAUAGCUUAGUUAAGCAACUAGAUGAUAAGGAAGAAGAACCAGAUGAUAAGGAAGAAGUAUCUGCAAGAAAAGAAAAAGAUAAGGAAAGAGGUGGAGACAGAACAAAAUUGAGAGUUAAACGGCGACGGUUGGAUGACCUUUUAAACAAAGGGAAAUACUUGGUUGUCCUUGAUGAUCUAUCAUCCAUUAAAGAAUGGGACAGCAUUAACCUCCCGAAGACAAAUACAGAAGGCCGGAUCAUAGUCACUACAAGCACAGAGAACAUUGCUAAACAUAGUUCGAAUAAGAAAGAUGAAAACAUAUACAAACUUAAAUGUUUGGACAAACGGGACGCUCUUGAUCUCUUCAAGGAAACGGUAUUUCGGGGAAUUAAAGAUUGGGAUGGGAAAUUUCCUGAUUCUGGCUUGUGUAAAGAGGCAGACUCUAUCCUAACGAAGUGCAAUGGGUUUCCCCUAGCAAUACUCACCAUUGGUGGAAUCUUGGCAAAACAGCCAAAAACUCUCGUGGAGUGGAAAAAAUUGAAUGAGUAUAUUGCUGCUGAGCUAAAGACAAAUCCAGAGCUUGAUCCUAUAAGAACUAUCCUUGUGAAAUGCUAUGACUAUUUACCCUAUGACCUCAAGUCUUGUUUCUUAUAUCUGUCCAUCUUUCCAGAAGACCACACUAUUAGCCGUAGACGCUUGGUGCACCGGUGGACCGCAGAGGGUUACUCAAGUGGUGAGCAUGGCAAGUCCGCUAAGGAAAUUGCUGACGGCUACUUUAUGGAGCUCAUUGACAGGAAAAUGAUCAAACCAUUCGUGGAAUCAAUCGAUACUACAAAGGGAGUUGACUCUUGCAAAUUCAAUAAUCUCAUCCAUGAAAUGAGUACCUUAAAGUCAUCAGAGGAAAAUCUUGUUUUCAGACUAGAGGAAGGUUGCUGCAUGAACACCCAGGGCAAGAUUCGUCACCUAUCCGUAAGUGAUAACUGGAACGGAGAUCGCAGUGAGUUUGAGGACAUAGUGCACCCCUCCAGUAUUCGGUCAUUAACAGUGUUUGGGAAAUGGAGGCCAUUUUUUAUUUCUGAGAAGAUGAGGAUGCUGAGAGUGUUGGACUUGGAAGGCACAUCAGGUCUAAAUGAUCAUCACCUUGAGCACAUCGGGAAUCUUGUGCACCUAAAAUACCUUUCUUUGAGAGGGUGCCGUGAUAUUUGCUACUUGCCAAAUUCUUUGGGUAACAUGCAUCAACUAGAGACACUGGAUGUCAAACAUACACACAUCAUCAAGCUUCCAAAGACCAUCACCAAGCUUAGGAAGCUACAUUAUCUCCGUGCUGGGGGAAUUGGAUUCUUGGGUGCUAACUCAUAUGAAGAGGCUGUAGAAGAUCUGCCAAAGCUACUACAGAGAAGGCUGUGCCUUCUGAGUAUCUGCUCAGUGGCAUAUUGUGUAGCAUGUUGCGCGCCUCAGCUUAUGAAGAAUGUAUGCAACGGCGACCCAAACAGGCGUGAUGUGUGCACUGCAUGCUGCUGCACUGUGUUCCCUUUCGUAGCAAGGCACCUAGACCUAAGUGGUGUUCUAGUGCCGAGUGGGUUUAACAAACUCACAGCACUGCACACACUGGGUACGGUGAACAUCGGGCGUGGCAAGGCCACCCUACAAGACAUAAGCAGGCUCACCCGGUUGCGCAAGCUCGGAUUGGCUGGCAUCAACAUGGGUAACAGGAAAGAGUUUUUCUUGGCUCUUUCUGCUCUCAGCAAUAAUUUGGAGUCCUUGUCUGUGCGAUCAGUUGGGAACCCAGGUUUAGUUGGCUGCUUGGAGUUUGAUGACAUGUACUCAGCUCCAGAAAACCUCAAGAGCCUCAAGUUGUAUGGCAAUCUGGUCAAAUUACCAGCAUGGAUCGAUGGGCUCAAGAAUCUAGUGAAAUUGACUCUAAAGAGGUCCAUGAUAGAGCACGCUAAUGCCAUGCAAAUCCUUGGCAAGCUACCAAGCUUGAAAACUCUGCGACUGUUGGAGAAUUCUUUCCAGGGUAAAGAGCUCCUUUUUGUUAAGGAUGAGAAGGCAUUCCCUAACUUGACACGACUGGUGCUGAUUCUCCUCAGCAACCUCACGUCGGUCGAGUUUAAACAAGGAGCAACGCCAAAUCUUAAGAUGCUACAAUGUUAUGGUUUGCCCAGUAAAAGUAAGGUUUCUGGUCUGAAAUAUCUCCAAAGUCUCAAGGAAUUCAUGCUGGACGACGACGCCAUGUACGACAAGUCGUUCGUGGAAGACCUGCGGAAACAACUUGCCGAAAACACGAAUAGGCCUAUCUUGAAAAGGUACAGCUAA